AUGGCGACUUCCAGGGCCGAUAAACUUUUCAGAGUUUGAUGUAGUCUGUUACAUGAGGUUACAGAGCGAGAAAUACGCUUAGUUUUGAGUUAACCACCAAACGCUACGAUGAUUAACCAGUUUGUAAGCGGCCUGAAGAGCCGCAACGAAGAGACGCGGACAAAGACGGCGAAGAACCUGCAGCAUUAUGUAACGACAGAGCUACGUGAGAUGUCGCAAGAUGAGAGGACAUCAUUCAUGGAUGAACUCAACCAUCACAUCUUUGAAUUGGUUUCUAGUCAAGAUGUGAAUGAGAAGAAGGGAGGAAUCAUGGCUAUUGUAAGCCUGAUCAGCAUUGAUAGUGACAAUGCCAAUCGUAUCACCCGCUUUGCCAACUACCUUCGUAUCCUCCUCCCAUCUAACGAUGUUGCCGUUAUGGAAAUGGCUGCUAAGGCGAUUGGGAGACUUGCUAUGGCUGGAGGUACCUUCACUCCCGAGUACGUGGAGUUUGAAGUUCGUAGAGCGCUUGAAUGGCUGGGAGGGGACCGGAAUGAGGGAAGGAGACAUGCAGCUGUUCUUGUGCUUCGGGAGUUGGCAGAGAACACCCCGACAUUCUUCUUCCAGCAGGUGCAGAGUUUCUUUGAUCAUAUUUUCAAUGCUGUCAGAGAUCCAAAGCAAUCCAUUCGGGAGGCUGCCGUGGCAGCGCUUAGGGCAUGUCUAGAGCUGACGUCACAGCGAGAGACCAAGGAAAUGCAAAAACCACAGUGGUACAAGCAAACUUACGAAGAGGCAGAAAAGGGGUUCGAGGAAGUUACUUCGAGGGAGAAGGGUCUUAACCGAGAUGAUCGAGUCCACGGUUCCCUUCUAAUCGUCAAUGAGCUCAUUAGGAACAGCAGUAUGGAAGGAGAGCGUCUUCGUCAAGAGAUGGAAGAAGUUUCACAUCAACAAUCACAACAUGAACACAGCUUUAAGCCGAUCUCAGCCGACAGUUGGUAUAGGCGCAAUCGCUUCCUGCGGUUGCCGAAGGAGUUUACUGGUUCGUCCGGGUCCAAGUCUAAAUUCCAGAUCCUGACUGCAGGGAUAGGUCAUAGUCUGCAGCACUCCCAGCGUUCGUCUAGCGCCCUCUCUUCGUUGGUGUCGCCCAACCUCGUGCAGCAGAAACCUCGUUUUGUUGAGAGCCGUUAUUGCCGUGAACUCAUGGAAUCCAAGUUUGAUGAGGUUUGUCAGCAAGUCUUAAAGUACCGGAACAGUCGUAGUCCUCUGAUUCAGCAGACUCUCCUGACCCUCAUCCCACGUCUCGCUGCUUUUCAACCCACUCUAUUUGUCAGCCAUUACCUAGAUGACUCUGUUCAGCAUCUACUCAGCAGUUUAAGAAGGGAGCGAGAACGAAGCAGUGCCUUCCAAGCUGUGGGUCUACUCUCGGUGGCCGUCAAGCAUGAGAUUAUGCCUCAUCUACCAAACAUACUGGCCAUCGUCAAGUCUGCCCUGCCGCAUAAAGACUAUCACAACAAGAAACAUAAAACGAGUCCAGUAGACCCAUCAGUCUUCACUUGUAUUAGUAUGCUGGCUAGAGCCGUAGGGAGCAACAUCUAUGCUGACGUCAAAGAUAUACUGGAACCUAUGCUAGCUGUUGGUCUCAGCCCUGCUCUGACUGCCUCCCUGCAUGACCUAGCUCAGCAGAUUCCUCAUCUCAAGAAAGAUAUUCAAGAUGGUCUGCUGAAGAUGCUCUCCCUCGUCUUGAUGAAUAAACCACUCAAGCAUCCGGGCACUCCAAAGGGCCUCAUGUCACCAGGCGUUCUAACUGGCUCAAACCAAGGAGGUACAGACUUUGGAGACAUAACCAGCACAGUCCUGGCUCUGCAGACCCUAGGAAGCUUUGAUUUCGAGGGUCACUCCUUGACUCAGUUUGUCCGUCAUUGCGCUGACCAUUUUCUCUCUAGUGAGCAUAAAGAGAUACGGGCUAAGGCUGCUAGAACCUGUGCACAACUCCUGCAGCCUUCAAUCAAUCUUCGUUCUAAUCGCCCUCACCCAGUGAGUACUACCAAUAUACAAGUGGUUGCGGAUGUACUCAGUAAACUACUCGUUGUUGCUAUCACUGACUCAGAUCCAGACAUUCGUUACUGCGUCCUUGCAUCGCUCGAUGAUCGUUUCGAUGGUCACCUUGCGCAAGCCGAGAACCUCGGCGCCCUCUUUGUUGCGCUUCAUGAUGAGAUAUUUGAGAUCCGAGAGCUAGCCAUGUGUACCAUCGGUAGACUGAGUAAUCUUAACCCAGCAUUUGUUAUGCCGUCUCUACGUAAGACAUUAAUUCAGAUAUUAACAGAGUUGGAGCAUAGUGGAGUAGGACGUAACAAGGAGCAAAGUGCUAGGAUGUUAGCUCAUUUAGUCUCCAACGCACCACGGCUGAUCAGACCCUACAUGGAACCUAUCCUCAAGGCUCUGAUUCCGAAACUGAAGGAGGCAGAUCCAAACCCAAGUGUGGUUAUAAACGUCCUGGCUGCAAUCGGAGAGCAGGCUCAGGUGAGUGGUAUCGAGAUGAGAAAGUGGAUGGAUGAACUCUGCCCCAUCAUUCUAGACAUGUUACAAGACUCUGCGUCACUCAGGAAGAGAGAGGUUGCCUUGUGGACUCUGGGACAGCUUGUUGAAAGCACAGGGUCUGUCGUUCAUCCCUACAAGAAAUAUUCCAACUUAUUAGACGUACUUCUGAACUUCUUGAAGACUGAGCAGUCUCCUAACAUCCGCAGAGAGACCAUCCGAGUGCUGGGUCUACUGGGAGCCUUAGACCCAUACAAACAUAAAGUCAAUCAAGGGUUUGUAGACAGCCACGGUGAGGGAGGUGCAGCCUUGAGUAUCUCAGAGGUCAAGAUUGGAACUGAAGGGGAGUACACCGCGAGUGAGAUGCUAGUUAACAUGGGCAGCGCCACUCUGGAGGAGUUUUAUCCGGCUGUUGCCAUAGCAACACUGAUGCGCAUCAUGCGAGACUCCUCAUUGGCCAAUCACCACACCGGAGUCGUCCAGGGGAUUACGUUCAUCUUCAAGAGCCUUGGAGUGAAAUGCGUGCAGUUCCUUCCGCAGAUUAUGCCGACGUACCUGAAUGUUAUUCGCACGAGCGAUGCAGGAAUAAGAGAGUUUCUGUUCCAGCAACUAGGCAUCAUGAUCUCGAUCGUCAAACAGCAUAUCAGGAACUAUCUGGAUGAUAUCUUUGAUCUUAUCAGAGAUUUCUGGACAGUAAACAGUCCCCUGCAGAACACUGUGAUUCAGUUAGUGGAGCAGACCGUGGUGGCCCUCGGGGGUGAAUUUAAGCUUUACCUCCCACGCAUCGUUCCUCAAAUGCUGCGUGUCUUCAUGCAUGAUAACAGCCAGGGGCGGAUGGUCACAACAAAGCUUCUGAAAGCUAUGCAGAAGUUUGGUGCCAACUUAGACGAUUACCUUCAUCUACUUUUGCCACCGGUGGUGAAACUGUUUGACUCAAACGACAUCCCCAUGCCAGUCAAGAGAACCGCUCUUGAGACCAUCGAUCUCCUAUGCGGAACCCUCGACUUCACCGAUUUCGCUUCCCGCAUCAUCCACCCCUUGGUUCGCUCCUUAGACACCACCCCCGAGUUGCGUAUCAUCGCCAUGGAUACCCUUGCCUCCCUCGUCCUCCAACUGGGCAAGAAAUACCAGAUCUUCGUCCCGAUGGUUAACAAGGUGUUGGUGAAACAUCGAAUCAGCCAUCAGAAGUAUGAGACUCUGGUGCUGAAAAUUAUCAAGGGAAACUCAAUCGCCGAGGAUGAGAUUUUGUUGAUGCGAACAAAGGCCAAGAAAGCAACCCAGAAGGACGAUGGAAACGCCGGGAUGGAACCUGUUAGUCUCAAGAAACUCCACGUCAAGACAAAUAAUCUGACCAAGGCCUGGGCAGUUACUCGCCGAGUGUCUCGUGAUGACUGGGUUGAGUGGUUGCGGAGAUUGAGUGUUGAGUUACUCAAGGAGUCACCAUCUCAUGCUCUAAGAUCCUGCUGGGCUCUCGCUCAAGCCUACAACACCCUGGCAAGGGAUUUGUUCAACGCUGCAUUUGUUUCUUGUUGGUCGGAGCUGACAGAGACGGAUCAAGACGGACUCAUUCAGAGUUUGCAGAAGGCUCUGACGUCUCAAGAUAUCCCAGAGAUUGUUCAGAUUCUGCUGAAUCUUGCCGAAUUCAUGGAACACUCUGACAAGGGUCCGCUACCUCUGAAUACAAUUCUGUUAGGGGAAUGUGCUUCAAAAUGCAGAGCGUACGCUAAGGCACUCCACUACAAGGAAGAGGAGUUCAACCGUGGACCAAACACUGAAAUACUAGAAGCUCUCAUCAGCAUAAACAACAAGCUUCAUCAACCAGAGGCUGCUUAUGGUGUCCUGCAGUACGCAAUGAAGAAUUACAUCAACAGAGCGGAACUGCAAAUCCAAGAGACGUGGUACGAGAAACUGCACGAUUGGGACAACGCCCUCGCUGCAUAUGAGAAGAAGCAAAAGGAAGACCCAGAUGAUUUUGAUCUGACUAUUGGAAGGAUGCGCUGCAUGGAAGCUCUUGGAGACUGGCGGCAGCUCCAUGAUCUUGCCUGUGAGAGGUGGCCGAUGGUUUCCGAUGACGGCCGGCAGCAGAUGGCCCGGAUGGCCGCCGCAGCAGCAUGGGGGCUAGGCAACUGGGACAGCAUGGAGGAAUAUUCCUGCUUGAUCCCUCGGGAGUCGUACGACGGGGCGUUCUACCGUGCCGUCUUGGCCGUGCACCAGGAUCACUUUGGACAAGCUCAACAGUGCAUUGACAAGGCUCGCGAUAUUCUUGACACGGAGUUGACAGCUAUGGCUGGUGAGAGUUACGAUCGAGCCUACGGAGCGAUGGUCUCGGCUCAGAUGUUGUCAGAACUGGAAGAGAUUAUUCGAUACAAGCUGGUCUCAGAGAGACGGGAUAUUAUCAAACAGAUGUGGUGGGAUCGACUACAGGGAUGCCAGCGUAACGUUGAGGAUUGGCAGAGGAUUAUCCAAGUGAGAUCUCUGGUCAUUAAUCCUCAAGAUGAUCUCCGCACAUGGCUCAAGUAUGCCAGCCUCUGCCGCAAGACUGGACGAAUGCAACUUUCCCACAAGACUCUGGUGAUGUUGCUCGGGGUAGACCCUAAGAGUGUUCCAGACACGCCCUUUGAGACUCUAACGACGGUCAAACACCCUCGCGUUGUCUUCGCUUACCUCAAACACAUGUGGAAGGAGGAUAAACAGUCCCAGGCGUUUGAGCAUUUGCAUCACUUUGUGCAUUCGACACUGACCCAACACAUGCAAGGCGUGCUAGGCUCCUCAGACGAAGCUGAACGUCGAGAGCUACAAACACUCAUGGCAAGAUGUUAUUUGAAGCUUGGUGAAUGGCAGCAGAGUCUGGAGGAAACCAGUCAACACACCAUUGAAGACAGUCUGGUGUACUUCAGUAAAGCCACUGAGCAUGAUCGAGAUUGGUAUAAGGCGUGGCAUUCUUGGGCGUUUAUGAACUACGAGGCCACCUUGUACUACAAGAAUCAACCCAGCUCGGCAUUCCAAGUCGUACCUGCACAGCCGUCCUCCAGCACCCCUAAGAGCAAGACGGAUGAGGAGGAGGAAGAGGAAGGGGAGGGGCCUACUGAGGAGAAGAAGGGGGAGGACUUGUCCGAAACGCCGGAUGAACUAAGAUCGGAGAUUACCCCGCAUCAACAACGAACAACAACUCAGAUGAGUCACAUUGAGAAGUACGCAGUGCCGGCUGUCCAAGGAUUCUUCCGUUCUAUAUCCCUGUCGAGAGGGAAUUCCCUACAAGACACGCUUCGUCUCUUGACGCUAUGGUUCGAUUACGGACAAUGUAGUGACGUCUACGACGCUCUUGUUGAAGGGAUCAAGUCUAUACAGAUCGACACUUGGCUCCAGAGCUGUAUAAUUUAG